UGCUGAAUGGCUGAAAGCUGCAGCUCUUAGUUUCACGCAGUUCUGUUCAGUCCUGUGUGGGAGAAGCUGGAGUCACGUUUCCAGCUGCGAGAAACCGUUGUGAUUUUUCUGCUUGCCUUUUUUUUGAAGAUGGCUUAACCUCCGAAAGAGCCUCUCCCGGCCAGGGAUUGUGAGAGACACCUCCCUCCCUCACAUCAUCAGGAUUUGAGGGCUGCUCUGCAAAUGGGAGGUCAUCAAACGGUUCGUUUCACCUAAAUGCACUAUGUAACCUCACCCACAUCUGAGAUGGCUGCCCGUGGCCUUCUUCUGCACCUGAACAGAGUGGAGCAGAACUGCCUGCUACAAUGGUGAUCAUUUUCUCAAAAACACUGGAAAAGAAGAAGGGUGUCAAUGACGUAAGGUCCAAGAACAUCGAGAGACGGCUGCGUGAACUCCACACCAUGAGCAGAGGGACAACCCUCUUCUCCUGUGGAACUGUGGAGGCAGAUAGGUGGCUGGACCUGGGGCAAAGCUGUGCCAUUCAGCAGAGAGCUCACUGCCAGUCUGGCGCCAGUCUGGAGACGCUGUGGGAUGUGAUGCCUGAGCCGGGAAGCCAGCACUGGGCUAAGGAACCAGGUAGCACCAAAGCAAUCACCAGUCUGAUAAGAGAUCUGAGCCUCUGUGACGGCAGCAUGAGCAGUCCUCACUCCCACACCACGUCCACCACUGCACACUACACCACUACUGCCACCAGCCAAGCUCCUACAGCACCCCCAAGCAAACGUCAGUGUCGCUCCCUGUCGCUCUUUGAUGAAUUCAGUGGGUUUCGCUCAUCUUGGAAGCCCCAAGGCUCCCGAGUGUGGACAGCAGUGGAGAAAAGAAGAUGUCACAGUGGAGGAAGUGUCAGAGGAGGAGGGGGUUUCUCGGGCAAUCAUUUUCCUACCAUGCAGCGUAGCUCCAGCUUCAGUUUGCCCUCGCGCUCCAGCAUCCCUUCUGAUGGAACCCUGGACCUACCAUUCUUCAACCAGCGACUGCCUCUCCACCCUCAGUUCACUGCAUCUCCAGUCUCCCCUACCUCUCCUUCCUCGCAUCAUCACCAGUUCCUCAGGCCUCUCUCCCUGUCCCAUGAGCAGAUCAGUCUACCAGAGUUCCAGAGGGAAGAGGCUUUGGAGGCCAGCUCACCAGACUCCACACCAGAACUCAGGAGGAGAGCUGGCCAGAGAGGAGGGGGUACAGGGUGUCUGUCUCGGAGCAGGUCCCAACCCUGCGUGCUAAACGAGAAAAAAAUUGGUGUGAAGCGUAGGAGACCGGAAGAUGCCCAGGAACAGCGGCCCUCCCUGGACCUGGCAAAGAUGACUCAGAAACUCCAGACUUUUCAGAGCUUGAGUUGCCCUGGAUUCUCAGCCACUGACGGCUGCCAAUCAAGCUUGCUUUCGCCCUCUUCUGAGACAUCCAGCCAGCUAGAUUCAGACUUCACUGCUGUGUCCGAACUGGGACCGGAGCCACGGCAGGAAGUGGCAGGAGAAGAUGAGGCACAGGAUUCAUCCUAUGAAGAGCUUGAUAGCGAUUCGUUGUGUAGUGUGGACUCACGUCCUGGGUCUCCUGUAGGCAUCGUGGGCAGUAAAUGCACCCUCUGGAAGGGUGAUUGUGGGAUACAGAGAGACAUUUUCCAGCUGGGGGGACAGCUGGAUCUUGACCAGAUUGAAAGAAACUGAACAUAUUAUAGGAGACUGUGUCUGGACUGUAGUGGAAGGUUAUUGGACAUUGAUGAUGUACCAAAAGAUGGCUAUUAAGAACAGUUGGAGUUUUGUCAGCUUUGAAAGUAAAAGGUGUUUUUAGAAAGAAAUGGAAAGUGAUGAAAAUGAUAGAGGAUUAAGUACAUUGUCAGUGGCUGGCUUUGCCUUGAACAUUUUUUUUUUUUUUUUUAAAAAAAAAAGCAGUUUUUUUUUUUUUGGGUAUUCAGCUUAACUCAGGAGUGGGAAAGUGAGGGUUAGUCUUAAGAAAACCUCCCAGCCCCCGCUGUCUUUUCAACCUGAUGACCUUUCCAAAGUCAACUAACCUUAGGUUUGUAGUACUGUAGCAGUUGCUGGGCUUUCUGUAUUUAGCUCGAGUUUGGCUUUGAGAGAAAGUGGGCACAUCAGAGAUGGGAUGAAACAGAGGGGUAAGCAAUAGGAAGAAGUAUGUUCUUCUUUUGUGUACACAUGAAAUUUUUUUUCCCUGAAUGUAGGCUCAAUAAGCUUGAUUGUGAUUUCAGAAAACGACAGUGCCUUCCUUCUGGAUGCUUGUGCUCCCGGUUCUCUUCAAGAAACUAAGCUCAAUCAAAGCCACCUAUUCUGUGUUUUGUAGUUCCUUAAUAUGCAAAUUGUUUAUUUGAAGUAAACACUGAAUUUCAAGUUUUCAGUUCUAAUCUCAAUGUAUAUUUUUCUAAGUAACUUUUUGAGCUUUUUUCUGAAGGAGCAAGAAUAUUUUCUUCUAACACAAUGGACACAGAAUAAAUUUACAACCUGCUCUCAUAUUUUAGUCUAGUAAUUUCAUCUCUGUACUUGAUGUAAGAUUACUGUGAAAAAUCUGCAAAGUUUGCAGAUACUCUUUGAAAGUUGUACUCUCUCUCUCCCACACCCUUCCUGCUUCUCAUUUGACAAUUGAAACUCAGCCAUUCAAACAUCAUUGUUUUGAAUGUUCAUGGGUCCUUUCUUGAUAUUCUUUGUUAAAGGUACAACUUAAUUAGCUAUUUUAUUCUCACAGUGGCUACCUAAGCUAUUUGCAGCACUUGAUGAAUACAGCAAGUUAGGUAAACAUUUAUAUAAUGCACUUAUGAUGCCAACCAGUCUGACACAAAAUGACAGGAAGUCUAAACGUGGGGCCAGUAACCCAGCACUGACCAGAGGAGGUGUUGUCAAGAGAAAAUGUCCUGUAAGACAGACAGACAUGUUGGCCAGGCAAGUCUUUUUGUUUUGUUUUGUUUUGUUGUUUUGUUUGUUUUGUUUCCUCCCAGGGAUUUCCUAUCAUCCUAUCUAAUGUCUGUCCAAGUUGCUGGCGCUUUGUGGGGUGACUGUCGUUCAGUGGGUUAAGCAGCUGUCUCCCAACCGGGGCGUCAGAGGUUUGAAUCUCUGUACCUACAGUCCACGUGUUGAAGUGUCCUUGGGCAAGACAUUGAACCCCCAAA